AAAAUAAAAAUGACAAAAUUGUGAUUGGUAUUUAAAAGCUCAUAGCAGAGAUCUAAGUUGUACCAUCACCUUCACUGAAUCACAGUUGAAACCUGAGAAAAUGUCAAAUAACAGCACAAAUGGAGGUAAGAAGAGAAAACUCUGUCCACCAAAAGAAUCCGAAGAUUGGUGCUUUGAAUGCAAGGAUGGUGGAGAAGUCAUUGUAUGCGAUCGCAGGAACUGUGUGAAGGUUUAUCACUCCUACUGUGUUCCUGUUACCCCUGAGAAGGACAAAUCUUGGAUUUGUGCUUGGCAUUAUUGCUUCGAAUGCAAGGAAUCCGCAAAGUUUUAUUGCCUUGGUUGUCCAAAUGCUUUGUGCAAAGAGUGCUUGGCUUCCUCAGAAUUUAUCACUGUCAAGGGUGAUAAAGGAUUAUGCUGCAACUGCGCGCCGCUAGUCAAAAUUAUAGAACAAAAUUUGGACCGUGACUCUCAGGGGAACAAGAUAAGCGUGGAUGGAAGAGAUACAUAUGAGGGUCUAUUCAAGGAAUACUGGGAAAUUAUUAAGCUAAACGAAGGAUUAACUAGUGAUGAUAUCUCUGCUGCACAAACCAACUACAACAAAAUGGUUAAAAAUUCUCCAGAUCAAAGCAAAGUCAUUGAUGUAGAUAAAGAAAGUCAGAAUGACUCCAUGUCAUCGGACGGCAAUGAAGCUUUUAUGUAUAAACACAACUCAACCAAAAGGAAGCAGUCCAGUUCACUGGAGUUUAUGGGAUGGGGAUCGAAACCUCUCCUUAGCUUCCUUGCGUCCAUUGGAAAAUUUAGUACUGAACCAUUGUCACAGUGGGAUAUACGGACUCUUGUGUGUGAAUACAUUGAGAAGAACAAUCUCUAUCUCUCGCAAGAUAAGAGGAAGUUCCUCCUUGAUGAAAAGUUGUUUCCUAUAUUCGGAAAAAAGGUUAUGUCAAAAAAUCAAAUAUAUCCUCUAUUGGAACUUCACU